GGAGGCGGCGGCGGCGGCGGGACGGGAGACGGAGGAAGGCGGCGGGGAAGCGGUCAUGGGCGCCUGACGCCCGUCCCGUCCCGCCGCCGAGGGACGAUGGCGCGGCCCCGCGGCGGGCGGUGGUUGCUGGGCGUCCUCCUCGCCCUGUGCCGCUUGGCCGCGCCGCUCGCCAAGAGCCUGGAACCGGUCUCCUGGAGCGCCGGUAACCCCAAGUUCAUGACUGGGAAGGGGCUGGUCAUCUACCCGGAGAUUGGGGAUAAACUGGACAUUAUCUGCCCCAAGGCGGAGCCGUCCAAGCCUUACGAGUACUACAAGCUGUACCUGGUGAAAAAGGACCAGGCAGAUGCCUGCAGCACCGUCAUGGACCCCAACGUGCUGGUGACGUGCAACCGGCCCGAGCAGGAGAUCCGCUUCACCAUCAAGUUUCAGGAGUUCAGCCCCAACUACAUGGGCCUGGAGUUCAAGCGGCAGCAGGAUUACUUCAUCACAUCCACUUCCAACGGGACGCUGGAUGGCCUGGAGAACCGGGAAGGAGGGGUCUGCCAGACACGCUCCAUGAAGAUUGUCAUGAAAGUGGGGCAGGAUCCGAACGCGGUGAUCCCAGAGCAGCUGACGACGAGUCGGCCGAGCAAGGAGUCCGACAACACCGUGAAAAUCGUCACGCAGAGCCCACGCAGCAAGGUCCCCGCGGUGGAGGAGCCCGGCAAGCCGGGCUCUGUCAACCAGGACGGCCAGGAGACCCAAGGACCCAGCGACGGCUUCUUGAGCUCCAAGGUGGCCGUCUUCGCGGCGAUCGGCGCCGGCUGCGUCAUCUUCAUCCUCAUCAUCAUCUUCCUCGUCGUCCUCCUGAUCAAGAUCCGCAAGCGGCACCGGAAGCACACGCAGCAGCGAGCCGCAGCCUUGUCCCUCAGCACCUUGGCCAGCCCGAAAUGCAGCGGGAACGCGGGCUCCGAGCCCAGCGACAUCAUCAUCCCCUUACGGACUACAGAGAAUAACUACUGCCCGCACUACGAGAAGACUGCGGCCGGCCAGGGGGCAGGCGCCAUGCCUUUCCGUGCUCGCUCGGACACCGCCGGCAAUCCCGGAGACUCCACCUCCCCUUUUCGUUUGGGAAUUUCCCUGCGUCACCCCUACGUCCUUGCGUGAAGUGCCCGUGCGCCUGGCGCCGCAUCGGCCGCCGCUUGGGUCCCGGAGCCCGGACCGAUGCCGGGGCCGCGGCGAGGAGCCUCGGUCCGAGGAGGAGCGAGCAGCCGCGGGGGGAGGAGGAGGAUGCUUUGCCUAGGUGCCAAGAUGCAGACAACUGUGCAGGGAGGAAGCUGGCAAACCCGAUUUACUACUACUACUAUUAUUAUUAUUAUAAUUAUUUUAAUUUUUUGUAACAUUUUUAUUUUUGUGAAUUCCGGGCGGGACUCCGGCCCGCCGCCUUCGGGCACACGCCAUCACCUCCUUCCAGCACGCCGUCCUGCCGGCCGCGGGGCAGACCCCGCUGCUCCCGCCGCUGCCCUUUUAAACUUUUGUGUUUGUAGCUGUUGACUCUUGUUUUAGUCUCUUUAUAAAAAGAAAGAAAGAAAAAAAAAAAUUAUAUCUAUACCAUGUCUCAAGCAUUCAGUGCGCGAGAGUCCGGGUGCUCCUCCUGCCCCGCGCGGAGCAGCAGCCUUGGCCCGGCAGCUCUUCCCGAUCCCCCGAGGGCAUCCCGCUGCGGAGAAAAGCCUUUCCUGAGGUUUUCCAUCGGGCUGGGGCUGAGCCUGCUGGAAGCGAAGCAGGGCGCAGUGGGGGGGCAGCAGGAGGGCAGGGGGUAGCUGCAGCCCCCGGUCCCAUCCCCUAGCCGGCGAUGCUGCGGGUGGCUGUCCUUGGAAAGGAAAACUGGAAGACAAAUGUUCCCGACCCGCAGCCCAUGCCUGGGGGGGAGCUGGGGGUGCCAGGAGGAGGCCAGUGCUCGGGGCUGGAAGCCCCCCAGGGAGGCAUCCCUCGGGCUGGUUGUAGCACCGGGCUUGGCUUGGUUGGGAGCGGAGCUGAAGGCUUCUCCACCCGCCUAGUUUACCAGGACAACCCGGUGCCCCUCUGCCUUUGGGGACCGGCACCCUGCCCGGCCAUGCUCCUGGCACAGGAGCAUCACCCAGCCGUGCCACCUCCCGGGGGUCCCGCAGCCUGGGCUCGCUCUGCCCUUGCCUUGCCUGUCGUCCUGCCCGAAACUGGAAGGGCUUGAGCCUUGGGCUCUUCUGGCAGGAUCAUUCCCAGCUUCCUCUUCCCGGGAGGACUGGCCAGCACCGUAGCGGAUGCCGGCGAGCACGGUGAGGCUGGCGGUGCCCGUGGUGGUACUCUGCUGCCCGCCUGUCCUCGGGCUGUCCCAGCCUGGGGGCCGGCGGCCGCCCCCUCCUUCCUCGCUUUCUUUUCCUUUCAGAAGUAGCUGCUUUUGCUCAGGGAGCAAGCGUGGGGCGGGCGGUGCUGCUCCCCCGGGGGCGGCUCGCCACGCUGCCGGGCGGUGGGUUUGCCGUGGCACGGGGCUGCCUGGCCUGGUUUGUCCUCGCCUGUCCCCAAGGCCCCGAAACCCGCGUUAGGAAGUGCCCAAAGAGCGAGAGAGCUGCUCUGCAAAAGUGCCUUGAUGAGGAGCGGGCAGGAGGGGCAGAGCAGGGGACGGUGAAACCCGGCGGCUCGGAUGCUGCGCUGGGGGUUUGGCUGCGGUCCUGAGCGGGACGGGAGCAUCCCUUGGUGUCGUGUUGUUGGUGUUUGGUUUUUUUUUUUUUAAAGGUAGGAGUUUGAGCUGGAGCGGAGCAGGCUGCCCCAGCUCUCCUCCUGCCCUUGGCAUCCUGAGGUGAGGAUGGCUUCCAGGGCCCUAAACAGGCUACUGCCCUCGGGAGAGAAGAGCCGCAGCGGGUGCUCUCCCCUCCCCGGCCCUUCUCCCCGCUCCCCUGGCCCACCGUGUAGCACCUUUCAGCCCCCUUUCCUCCACGGCAUCUGUGCCGGCGCUGCCCACCCUGGGCUGCUGAAGGGCCGGGAGCUGCCCCAGCCGGAACCCCCCCAUUCCCCGCAGUGGGACGGGGUCUGCUCUCAGAAAUCACAGAGAAUUGUGUCUUAAAGAAAAUCCCCCUUUCCCUCACCAGUGCCCUCUUCCCUCUGCAAAAUCACGACCUGCAGUUCCCGAAGUGAGCAGAGCCGCGGUUGGGCGGUGGUGAAGGUGGUGAAGGAUGCUUUAUCGACGGAGAGUUUUUCCCCGCAGCCCGGGGAGCAGCGGCUGGCGUGGAGGUUGGGGGAUGAUUUAGUUUUGGUUCGGUUUUGGAGAGGAAAGGAAGGAGCGUGACCACGGGUCGUACCAAAAGCAAACUGACGGCACCGCGUGGCUUCCCACGGUGGCUCUUCCCCGGCGCGGUGGCUGUCCCCAGCUGGGCUGCGGCUCAGCGGCCCCCAUCAGCUCCACUCCUGUUGCUGGGGGCAGCUGAGAAACCUUGUAAAUAUGUGAAGAAAGGGUGAAAUCUGAACUCUUGGUUUUUGCUGAGCACCUCGGUCUGCUGGGUCCUGAAACAGAGUGUGUCCCUUCGGUUCUUUUCAUUGAAAGCAUUGAAGUUUGGUUGGUUUUUUUCUUUUUUUUUUUUUUUCCUUCCCCCCUUUUAUUUGUGUAAAUACUAGUCUUUUUUGGAAGAAAUAAUGUAAAGAUGUUUUGUAUAAACUCUGAAUUAUU